CACCCAUAAACACAUGCUGUAGAAGUAGCCCGCUCAGAUAAGUUUUCACAGCACUCCCAACAGACAGUAACCUUAAGUAAGAGGAACGUACAGCGUGAUGUGUGUAUGAGUGUGUAUGCCACUGACCGAGCCUGCCAUGGUGUGUCAGGCAAGCGUGCUGCAGGAAGCAGAGGCGCUCAAAGAUAGCACCCUGGCAGAGAAAGUUGUAGAUGGGACUGCAGAGGGGGAAGAGAAGAUUCAGGAUCGUGGUCAAUGGGCCAGUAAAGCCGAAUUCCUGCUGGCUGUGGCUGGCCAGAUCAUUGGGCUGGGUAACGUUUGGCGCUUUCCGUAUCUGUGCUACAAGAAUGGAGGAGGUGUGUUCUUUGUCCCGUAUCUCCUCUUCUUGGUGCUCUGUGGGAUCCCGCUGUUCCUCUUGGAGACAGCACUGGGCCAGUACACCAGUCUAGGGGGAGUCAGUGCCUGGAGAAGCAUCUGUCCACUGUUUGGAGGUCUGGGCUAUGCCAGUCAGGUGAUGAUCCUGCAUGGAUGUGUGUACUACAUCAUCAUUCUGGCCUGGGCUCUCUUCUACCUGGGCUGCAGCUUCCAGUCCGAACUUCCUUGGGCCCACUGCAACAACACCUGGAACACAGAGACCUGUGCAGUGUUUGAGGGUGAGAACAUCAGCAGACUUCCUCUGAAUGCGACCUCUCCUGUUAUGGAGUUCUGGGAGCGGGAGGUAUUGAAUGUGUCUGAUGGAGUCGGAGAGUUGGGCUCUGUAAACUGGAGACUGGCUCUAUGUCUGCUGGCGGUCUGGGUGGUCUGCUACUUCUGUGUGUGGAAGGGGGUCAAAUCCACAGGCAAGGUCGUGUACGUCACAGCCACCUUCCCGUAUGCCAUGCUGCUGGUUCUGCUGGUCCGUGGUGUGACCCUGCCCGGCGCUGUAGAGGGCAUCAUCUACUACCUCAAACCUAACCACACACGUCUUGCUGACCCUCAGGUGUGGAUGGACGCAGGAACCCAAAUCUUCUUCUCUUAUGGUAUCUGUUUAGGCAGCCUCACUGCUCUAGGCAGCUACAAUAAAUUCAACAAUGACUGCUACAGGGACACCUUCUUGUUGUGCCUGCUGAACAGUGGCACCAGCUUUAUAGCCGGCUUUGCCAUUUUCGCAGUGCUGGGCUUCAUGGCACAAGAACAGGGUGUCCAUAUCUCCGAGGUAGUGCAAUCAGGGCCUGGCCUAGCCUUCAUAGCCUUUCCACGCGCAGUGUCCAUGAUGCCCCUCCCCCAGCUGUGGGCUGUGUGCUUCUUCCUUAUGAUCAUCAUGCUGGGGUUGGACACACAGUUUGUCAGUCUGGAGGCUCUAAUGACCUCUUUGACUGACCUGUACCCAGCAGUCAUCCGUAGGGGUCGGAGGCGUGAACUGCUGCUGUUGCUGGUGUGUGGAAUCUGCUUCAUGGUUGGACUGGUCAUGGUCACACCGAGAGGCCUCUACGUGUUCCAAAUCUACGAUCACUUCUCCUGCAGUGGAGCCAGCCUGCUGCUGCUUUCCAUCUUCCAGUCUGUGGCCAUAGGAUGGGUCUAUGGGCCAGACCGGUUUAGCAACAACAUCAAAAGCAUGAUCGGUUACCCGCCACCUUCCACCUUCAAGCUGUGCUGGCGCUACCUCACCCCAGCUGUGUGCACAGGGACAUUUGUGUUCUCGUUGGUGAGUUGGUCACCUUUAAAGCUGGGGAAGGGUGUGGUGGCUCCAGCUUGGGCUACAGCUCUGGGCUGGCUGCUGGCGUUGUCAUCCGUGUCUCUCCUGCCACUGUGGACCAUUUAUGCCUUGAUCAACACUCAUGGAACCUUCAUCCAGCGUCUGCGUGUACUGUGUCGUCCAGUGGAGCGAUCACCCGAGGCCCAGAAAAACUCCAGUGAUGGCAUGCAGUUGACCUUUGACUCCACAACAACACCCAGAGAGGCUGCGUUGAAUGUUUUGUAGCUGGCCAAACUCAGCCAAGUCUGAAAACUUAACUACAAUUUAAUUGAGUCUCACUGUACUUCUAGGGUCAGUCUUAAAGCAGGAAGGUCAGUUGUCAAAGUUAAUAGGCAAGAAUAUGUUACUAAAAAUACUGAUUUUGAUGGCUGCAUUAAUUUAUCUGUGCAAGUGGAGAGAUCUUUACUGAGAGUGUUAUUGUUGAGAGUAACUGUCUUGAGAUUCUGACAAAGAUUCAGUUUGUUUUCACUUCAUUUGUCAAGAACAAAGAGAAAUUCUAACAGUAGGCUGUAGUUACUGUAAUAGUGAGAACUUGGAAUUUCAAAGCCUCAUUCAGUAAAAUUGUGUUUUUAUACAGGGAAAGCUGUUUUAUAUUUCUAUAAUGUUAUAUUUUUUUUACCAGUUACAGAGAUUUAGUGCUACACACACACUUAGAAAAUCAAGAAAACAU